GCGCGCUUUCAUUUGAUUAUUAUAUAAUACAAUUUACGACAGGCCUGACUUCAUAGCUAUAUUGAAGACGUUAAUGCAAUUUAUAACAGCACUGCUAGAGGCUGUAAACAGUACAGCGUUGUUUUAGCUUGUGAUUAAAAAAGGACAUAACUUUUUUCCCAAUUGCUGCUCCCGGGUACGCCUCAUUUCCUGGCGCGGAUCGAGUCUGAAAAAAAUUAAAGUUUGCACUUCUUUGUUGUCGGAGAUUCACAUAAGAGUGCUUUAAACACUGAAUAAUGCUGUCGACUUUCUUUAAUCUGAUAGUUAACAACCAGGCGAAGUUUUUGGCCUCUCGGUAAAGUAUUUGCCCCUGCAUCCCAUCAGGUUCUACACACGCUAGUGUUCUUCGUGUUCUUGAAUAGUUUAGACAAUAAGCUGUUUUCAUUUGAGUGUCGAAGAUAAUUCGCACGUGGUUAGUUUGGUUUGAUACAUUACUAUGUUUAGUGAUUGGUUCAAAAUGCCAGCGCUACUUGCCUAACCAAUCAAACGUUUUUACGAUGGAUGGUGUGUCCUUUGUGAUUGGCCAGAGUGAUUACAGCGGUGGUUUCAGUUGUUUUACGACACUCAAUUGAAAACUAUUCUAUAAUUUCUCCGGCGGUCUGUGAGAUUUGAUUCACAGUACUAACACAUUAGGUUCAUCACAUGCUUUCUUAUUCCAAGCCCAGUAAUAAUGAAAUUCAAUGUCUUUCUCCUAUCCCAGCCGUGUAUGCGAGGAACCUGACUUAUAUUUCACUUCUUUUACUGCAUUCAUACGGAUUUCCACAUAAUAUAUCACUUCCGAGGCUGAUAAUAAAGUGCUAAACUGAUUAUUCUCAGCCAAUCAAAGAUGCUCAUUAAAAAUACGAAAAGCCAGCAGGUGAUGACUUCAACCAAUCACGAACUGAGUGAGACUUGUUAUAUUUUUCUCUGGUUUUCAGUAAUGUAAAUUAAAGUAUAUCUCUCUGAAUUCUAAUGAGUUUUCAGUCGUGUAUUUUAUAAGAGAUCGGUAAGAGAUCCAUAUUACUGUUAAAUAUCGAACAUUUUUUUCUGUUUAGAACUAGAUAUUUUGUUGUACGCUUUUUGUUUGAAGGGACCGCUGUUUAUUUCUGUUUAUUGUGACAAAACUGAAAGGAUGAGCGAGCUUAUAUCUACGGCUCCCCUGUACACGAAAGAUCGAGUGCAUCUCACCAAGAUAGGAAACAUUCUGUGCACUGGAAAAGGUUGUAUCGGUUGUGACAGGAAAUACCAGACUGGUGAGCAGGAUUUUUCGGAAAUUCUCGGCGAUGUCGACUCAGUGGAUUUUAGCAAACAAGAGCCACGUUUUACCUCAAACCUUGAUGGAUUUCCGCUUAAUCGCCAAGAGAAAAGUAACCGUCGGCAUGGCAACACAACCCAGGCUACAUGGGGUAAAAACAAGAAGGGAAAAUUUUGUAGGAGAGCCACAAAACUUCCCGCGAAAGAACAAAAUGUUGUCAGAGGUAAUACGGUGAAAGGGACGAAAGGGACAGACGUGCUGUCGCUCAAGAAGAAAAUUAAUCGAGCAGAUUCAACUGUUAUUCAUAGUGACAAUGAUCAGGCUAAAAGGUAUUGUCAUGGAGUAAGUAUGAAGACCGCUCCUCAGACGAAACUCAAAAUACAAAGAAAAAAUAAAUCGGUAUCUUUUGCGGCUCCUCUCGUCAAACAAGAGACGUUUACCAUUGAAGAAAAUACUGGAAAAUCAGCGGAAAAAAGUCUUCUAGACCUAAAACCUAAACAAAUAACCGCCGCUCAGCAAUUGCGUUGUUUUCACGGAAGAUUGAAAACUUAUCCACCGUUCGAGGAAAAGAAGACAAAUUUUUUACAAAUGCUUCAUAACAGCAGUGUAGGGAUAUUCGAUAUUGAAUCAAUGCAGAACAAAAAAUCGUCCAAGUGGGUGCAAGAAGUCUUGAAAUCAGGUUCAAAAGAAGAAGAAUUAUUCCCACAAAUACAUAGCAAGAUAACAGGAGGAAGUGAUUUCAAAAGGACUGCAAAAAUUGCGAGUGAACAAAGAAGCACACGCAAAGGAAGCCACAAAAAAGAAAGCGCUAAGGAGAAGAAGUUACCAAAAGCAUCUCCAAGAGAGAGCUUUGCUCCAGUAGAUGACAGUUCCUCUGUUCUUGUCUUUGAACAUGAACACGAAGAAACAAAAGCAAAAGAUGAAAGUCUUCAUAAACUCGGUUUUAAAGCACAACGGAGUGAAAGAACUAAGAGUUUUCCUGACGUUUCAAUAUUGGAAAUCGCCGAUUGUCUCGAAGAGUUUGUUCAGUUGGGAGUUAUAAAACUGAUCAGUCAGGAACAUGCAAAUCGCUGGUGUGUUUUAGUGCGCAGCAGAAUUAUUCGUGAUUAUCUUAUACAAAGUGGUGUUACCUUGCGCGGUAAGAGAUUCGAACUGCUUGAUUAUACUGCUGCUAAAUGACAAUGUUCAAAAUUAUAAUUUUCACUUAGAAGCAUGCUCUAACGGUUCAUUUUGCGUUUUUGAAAUGAGGUUACUGGGCUAUAAUUUACGAUCAGUGGUAUUCUCAGCUUAGGAAUCCUUGCAAGCCAAUAUCAUAAUAUCACUAAGGGGCUUCAAGGCCCCGUUGUUUUACCUUGAAUGCAUUAUUUUUAUGAUCAGGCUUGAUCAGGAAAUGGAUUGUUAUAAAUCUUUCCUAUAUAAAGCAAGCGACAAAAUGGUUGGAAACCAGAUCAAUUUGACAAAGAGAUUCCAUGUUGCUGUGAGUCUGUUCAGUAAUAGAACGCAGAUGACGUCAAAAUGUGGUAAGAACAAAAAUAUGGCACACGAAGCGAUAGCUGAGUGUGUCACUGAUGUCCUUACCAUAUUUUGACUACUUUUGUGAUCUGUUACUGAACAGAUGCAUAGCAACAUGAAAUCUGUCUGUGGUAUAUAAUAAAAAGAAACAAAAAAGAAUGUCAAUGACGUCAUCUCUACGUCUGUUCUAUAAAAAUACAAUAAUAAUUAUGACUUAUUAUAUAAAACCUUUGUAGUGCAUGCUAACUGCAGACUAGCUCAUCUCUGUUUGAAAAUGCAAAUCGUAAUUUAUAUCAUAGACAAAUCCCAAAGCAGCAAAGAUUAAAAGAUUACUCUUUCAAAUAUAACACGAAAGUGCAAAAAGGUUGAGAACAUUAUUAUGAUUAAUUGUGAUCCCACAUAGACAGGGGGGUAGGCAGACCCCACCUUUCUUUUCUAGCCCCAUCCUGUUCUGCAAAGGGUCAAUUUUUAUUCCGUUGGGCACUUUUUUUCUAUCCGGGCCCGCCCAAUCUUUUUUGCCCUGUCGGACCCCCACCUUGUAUAGAAUCUGGUUCCGCUUCUGAAAGGCCGUGGUGAUAAACAAUUUCACACAAAUAUCGAAUCGCUUCCUGGCCAGGAUGGAGAUAGAAUUUGUGUUUCCGAUGGACUAACGUUGGACGUUUAGACGCAGCAGGGGUCUCUACUUUUCUAACUUAUCACAGUGGCCGUUUUUAUACCAUUACAGAAAGAUAAUUCGUCUCAGAAUGUAGUUAUUUUCAGAACUUCCGUCUCCAAUGUGGACCAGUGUGAAAACGGGCAAUAAAAAAUCCUACCAGCAUCAGAACCUGUAAUUUCAUUUGCUUCCUUUUCCAAGGUUCAGUGUUUGUGUUUUUUGUUCUAUUGUUCUCUCAACCAAUCAUGCUAAGCCUUUCGAGAGGUGCCUGGCGCCUACCAACACUGGAACCUGGUGAAGGGUUUAUCCAUGAAAUGUUUAUUUUUCAUGCAGCAGUUUCAGAUUUUCCGAUAUGUUUUUGAUUACGGUAACUCUGACUAAACUGGAUGAAACAAAAGACUUCUCUUUAGUCUGUUUAGAUACAGCUUAUCUCGGGUCUAUCUAAGUGUUGAUUCUUGUUUAUUUAUUUAUUAAAAAAAAAAAAACAUUGGAAAGCAAUUUCGGAGUUAUGCCUGCAUGUAUCUUUAGAAUUUUCAUUACUUCAUCGCCUGACGUUAGAAUUUUCAGACUAGCCACGAACAAUGUAUUAUCACAAGUCACUGUCAGCUUUU